GAGGGCUUUUGAAAUUUUGUCCACAUGGGUGAUGGGCUUAUUAUUCGCGAAAUUUUGGAGGCUAUUUAAUUCUCGCGACUACAAAGUCAUUAUUUUGGGACUAGAUAAUGCAGGGAAAUCCACUAUUUUAUACCAGUUCGUGCUCAAGGAGGCUGUGCAGACAUCACCUACCAUUGGCAGCAAUGUAGAAGAGGUAAAAUGGAAGAAUUUGCAUUUCAUUAUGUGGGAUAUUGGAGGACAAACUACUCUUAGGGCCUCUUGGGAUACAUACUUUUCAGGAUCAGAUUUCGUCAUAUUAGUUAUCGAUAGCACAGAUCGUGAACGUCUAUAUUUAACAAAGCAGGAGUUGUAUAAACUGUUGGUUGCUGAGGAAUUAAAACGCUCAAAAAUGCUGAUAUUCGCCAACAAACAAGAUGUGUCAGGUUGCAUGUCCAGAUCACCCAUGGCAUGUCCAACCUUGUUGUGCAUUGACUGGAGAGGGGUUCGUUUAUUCCAUAUUUUUCCUAUGCAUGUAUUAUUGUGAUUACUGGUACUGAAUACUCUUGUUGCAUAUGUUAUAUAGGUAGAUGUGAUCAGUCACUGAUAUCUGAGUGAAUACCAGUCUUUAGUCAUAAAAACAGUAAGUUGGUGAGUACCCUUUGUAUUAUGUGCUUGAAAAAAACCAUCAACACCUUUACUGGCCAGAAAUUUCUCUUGGCCACUGCGAGAACUAGAUUACUUUGUUGGUUUAGAAUUCUUGUAGUUAGCUGAAAGUGUACUGUAACUAACACAAGCAAAACCAUAUGAAAUUCUGUUCAAGAUACAAAAUACUCAUACUGUCUAGAAUGUCCACGUGGAUACUUCUUGAUGUUUUGGCUACCGUUAUAAAGAAACUACCAGUUUUCUACUUUCAGUGUUCCAAAUGAUAGAUACAGUGCUUUGGUUAUAUCCCAGAUACCUUUUCUAAGGUUAUGUACUGCGAUUUAUCACAGCACUCCAAAUGUACUGGCUACAGUUGCAUUACAGCACACUGUCUUAUGACUUUUGAUUCAAGGAACUAAUUAGUAUCUUAAGAUACUAAUGUUUCGCUUGGGAAUUAUGGAGGACAGCUACCCUAGCCAAUAUGACUUACCAUUCAUCUACUGAGAUUAAGUUCCUUCCCCGGCUUUUAGAUCAGCUUAUCAUUUUACUUACCCAUAGGAGAUUUAUGGAAGUAUACCUACUACUACUACUGCUUACCAUUCAAGGUUUUACAUUUGAACAUUUAAUUCAUCGGUAGAGAAAAAGACAGCCUAAUAUUAAGCUGAAAUCCGACUUUCUUAUGUGGUUCUGCACGAGGAAGCUACCAUUCUCAAAUUACACAGUGUCAUAAGAAUCAAAGCUUGUAAGUCUCCCGGUUUCAUACCAGUGUAGUUCUUUUAUCAAUUCGUUGAUUUUAAAUAAGUAGUGUUGUGACAGUAUCUGACUGGUAAGGCAGUACUGAGGAAGCAUGUGACACUAAUCAAAGUUCUCUACUUGAACUCAUUUGUGCAACGGCUCACCGAAAGUCGUAAUCUCAAUUGACGACAAACGGUGUUGUCCGUCAGAUAUGUCUUGUACCACCAUUCCUGUUUGACUGCGUUAUAGAUGCACUAGUGUACAUAGUCCUAGGUACCUCUGACUUUACAGAGAUCAACUCACGCCCACGAGAGCAUGUGAUCGACUUUAACUACACAGACCACUUAUUUUUGGUAGGUGGAAAUACUGACAAAAUGCAGGUUCUUGUGAACGCCUUGGGUAGAAGUCUGAGUAUAUCUCGCCCCUGCCAAAUAUAAGAUGAUUCUUUUCUGUAGCUACUCUGUCAAAGUAUAGGAAGUGCAGUGGUAGAAUUCAUCGACUGUUUCAUUUACUUGGGAUUUGGGCUAGCGCUAAGGGGCUGGUUGCUGACGAAAACUCGGCUCAGAUACAGAAGGCUCGUACGGUAUUUGUUAACUCCCGUCUUACAUUAUAUUUUUGGUAUGCAAUUACCGGUUAACUGACUAGUGUACUGCGCAGCAGUCUUCUGUCUUGUGUUGUUUAACUGUAAGAUAUGACUGUUGGAAGUAGACGUGAAGAGGUUACAGGUGUGUGAACGCAUGUCUUCGUAGCAAUUCUCAAGUAUGGUGGGUUCACCAUAUGAUCAUUGACUAGGUUCGGUGAAGGGUAAUGGGGAAGUCAGUCGAUAAGGUUGUGAAGCUUCACCGAUGUGGCUUGGACGUGUGUUGCACAUCCUGACUCACCACCAACCUCGAGUUGAAAUGCUAGUUGAAGUUGGGUCGGGAUAGGGCUCAGGGCUGACCGGAGCAAGACGGUACCGGUCCGUGCAGUCUCUGAUUGUUUGGCUGGGCCAUGUAGAGGGCAGUAGACUACCUAGCUGGGGUCCUGAAGGUGAUAGUCAGUGGUUGAUAACUCGAUAUGGCUGAAAACCGGUCGCGAUGGUGUGGAUUUAUUUAUUCACUCUUUGACAUCGAAAGCUUCAGCACUUUCACUAACCUAGCUUUUGAAGUUCUGUCUUCUCCCAUGCACCUCUGUUUACUGUGAUAUCUUUCUUUUUCUAUCCACUUGUCAUUUGCAUGCCGCUAUGAAAUGUGGCAGGUUGAAUCGGUACAUUUGUGUGCUAGGUUUUACGUUGAUUUUAUCUGUCUCUACCUUACCUUUCCGGGAUACUUUAUGUGCUUUCUAACAUUUCCAGUCUUGAAAAGAUUCGGUAAAAAUAUUCUAUGUAGGUUUAAAAUCCUACACAAAGUUAUUCAUCUAUUUUAUAGCCCAGUGUGAACUUAGUCUACUUGAUUAAGACACUUAAAUACUAGGCUUGUGCUGUUUGCUAAAAGUAACGAGUUGUUUUCGCAGAUAAUGUGUUUCAUGAGAAGAGCUAGUUAAAUUUGUGCUAUUUAAUGCGUAUAAAUGCAUUGUAACCUGUAUUUGGUUGUGGCGUCGUCUUCAUUUUGAUCUCGUUACUUUCUGAAAACGCAUUAUUCCCUGCAGGUAGAUGGGUAGUAUUAUUCAUUUUCACUCACCAUACGGUAGUGGGUUCAACUUAUUGCAUAAACUUGGCUCGAACCACUUAAAUCACAAUUGUUUUGCUGGCUAGUUAUAUUUUGGUAUGUUGUGGAAGAUUUUCAUUAGAAAAGUAAUGCUAGGUCAGAUGGUAAACUUGUGAAAAGCUGUGAUUCAUGCAAAUAGACGCUUAAAUUAUGAGUGUUAGACGACUGGUUCAAACUCCACCCCAUCUACUAAAGUUUAGGUGACCAAGUGGUGUUACAGCUUUCAUCCAGUAGACAUGGCCAAUAUUAUUUUAUUACCCAAAUUUUCAUGAGUUUUGCAUUUGUAUGUACUUAGUUAGUAUUUUAAAGUGAUCAGGUUAUUAUUGGCUGUUUGUUUGAUUUUUUGCUUGUCUUUCAUGAAAGUGAAGUGUGUAAAAUAAUUUUCUUUGCUCAACUGUUUGUUUUACAACUUUUGUCCCUAGACUUCCUCAAGGUUUGGAUUGGAUCGCCGCUCAGAUUGGACGAUAGCAUCCCACUGAAGCUUAACAGAUUACUACCACUUUUCUGUUCAAUGCAGACAUUUGUCGCCUGGUUGUAUUUAAAGUAUUGAUUUCCAAUAACUGUGAAAAGUAACAUGCAAACCACAUAUUUUACUGAUCAUAGUGUUAUUGCUGCUGUUCGGAUAUAUCUAUCUUGGGAUUCAGUUUUCAGUAGAUUUUUGUUUUUUAUCUUUUUCUUUUAAUCUUUUCAAUUGUUAGGUAGACAAGUUUGUUUUGUCAAAUGUACAUGAUUUGCUUUAUUUAUUUUUCUAUCUUUCAACUUGUUUAAAAGAACUAUCUUCUCGGUACCAGCGCUAAUUUGUACAGAGUGUAUUGUAUUAUAUUUAUUUAUUUGCUUUCAAUAGAAUCCUUGUACGUAUUUUUCAUUUUGAAGUGUGAGGGUAAGAGAAUUAGGGUUAUUGAAAACACCAGCUAAUUGGACUGACUGACUUAUUUGUUGUUUACUAUGAUCUCUGAAUAUUCAUAAUGGUAACAGUAGUAAUGCUGGUCAUUUGGGUCUACUGUUUUAUCUGUGAAAACAGACUGAAUCAAUUGUGUCAUUAUUUGUCCGAGUAGAUUUAUUUUUCAUACACUUUUCAUUUGUUUUUUUUCGCUUACAAAUCCUGUGUUUAAAUAAGACCGUAUAUGUUGAAAAGGUUUUAAAAGCCUAUUUAGUAUUAAUUUACUGUAUUCUUUUUUUACUGAAUAAAUUUAUGUACCAGUGUACAUAUUUGAAUUUUUCUGGAGAAUGG